AUGGCUAGCAUCAAGUACUUUGACUGGUGUACAAUAGUUUACGAGAAUUUGAGGUCGUAUGUCAAUGAUUGGCAGCUGAGCACUGUUAAGAAAUCUGAGAAGAAGAAGACAGUGACUAUACCCGGCUGCAUAAUAAUACCUCUGGCAUACAUUGUUGAUAACAUGAAGCUGCUGGAGAUUGAGGACAAGAAGUGUCCUCGGAUCAAUCAGUAUACUAUUGAGACUUUGAUGGAUAGUAUUCAAAAAGCUAGGCGCUGCCAUGGCAGGGUCAACUUCGACAAAUUUGAGUGCCACCAUCUGCUGCUCAAUCUGAAGCAAUUCAUGCAUGGAAGCUGCCAAGGCACAGCUGAAAUCAGUGGAGUUGCUGAAGAAGAUGCUGAAGUUGCCAUAGCUGCCAAGACAAAGAAAGAUGCUGCCAAGAAACCUGAUCAGGAAGAACUGGGAACUGCUGGUGCCAAGAAACCUGCUGAGAACUUGGAAGAUGCUGAAGUUGCCAUAGCUGCCAAGACAAAGAAAACUGCUGCCAAGAAACCUGGUCAGGAAGGAGUAUCGGAACUGGGAAGUGGUGGUGCCAACAAAGAUGCUGAAGUUGCCAUAGCUUCCAAGACAAAGAAAGCUGAUGCCAAGAAACCUGAUCAGGAAGAACCGGGAACUGGUGGUGCCAAGAAACCUGCUGAGAAGAAAGCUGCUGGGAAGAAAGCUCCUAAGACGAAUCCUGCUCCGUCUCGCCGGACCUCGAGGUUGACGGUGCUCAAAACCAAGGCAAGGUUCCUGAAACAGUCUGAAAAAACUGCUUGUAUAGAUGUUGUCUUGGAGCGCGUAAAAUCGUAA